UGCUCGAGUUCGAUAGCGCGGCCGAUUGCUCGCAGGUUGGUGACCUUGCCACUUUGCUUCAUCAAAACAGUGUCCGAUCGAUUGCGGUCUGAAUGAUACUGAGAGUGGUUCGCAGGAUGUCGUCGUCCGUCGAUAUAUCUGCACUUCGCAUCAAGUACAAGGAACCGAAGGACAUCUUCCACGAGUCCAGCAUCGAGGUGAAGGAACCGUUCCAUCUGUUCCGCAAGUGGUUCGACGAGGCCUGCUCGACGCCGGAGAUCAUCGAACCGAACGCGAUGUGCCUGGCAACGGCGACCAGAGAUGCCUUCCCGUCGGCUAGAUUUGUACUGUUGAAGGACAUCACCGACCAGGGCUUCACGUUCUUCACCAACUAUGAGAGUCGAAAGGCGAAGGAGCUGGCGGAAAACCCGAACGUGGCCCUGGCCUUCUACUGGCUCCCCCUAAGACGGUCCGUCCGCAUCGAAGGAACGGCGGAGCGCAUUCCGGGCGCGGAAUCGGCCGCGUACUUCCACCAGCGACCCCGGGCAAGCCAGAUCGGUGCCCUGGCCAGCCCGCAGAGCCGUCCGAUUCCGAGCAGGGACUUUUUGGACCAAAAAGAGCGCGCCAUCAAGGAGGAGCUCGGCCCGGACGGGGAAGUUCCGCUGCCAAACUGGGGCGGCUACCUGGUCCGACCGGCGGCCGUCGAGUUCUGGCAGGGUCAAACGAAUCGCCUCCACGACCGCAUUCGGUUCCGCAAGCCGGCCGGCCCGGAGGAAGCAGUUGACGGCGAGGUGUUGCAUCGGGGCGAGAACGGGUGGAUCUACGAGCGGUUGGCACCGUAGGAAUGGUGUUGUUUUUUGGUUAAAUCUCAUCGGUACGGGCUUCCAAUUGAUUUGUUGUAAAUAUCAAUGAGUUUGAAGCUAUUUGUUUAAUAAAAAUAAGAACAUUUGGCGAGCAUUUAA